AUGGGCGGGGACAACUUCGACGUGAGGUUAUUGAAGCGGUCUUUGGGGGAGACAAGAACAGACCGGUCGGUGAAGACUCUGUACGGUGACAAAACAUGGGUUCAUGAUCUGGAUAUUGUCAAUGAACUGGGAGCUCAUACGGGAUGUGUCAAUGCCCUCAGCUGGUCUUCAAGUGGCAGCCUCCUCGCCUCCGGUUCUGACGACACCUUCCUCAACAUCUGGGACUACAAUCCUUCCGGUCUGGCCAAGACGUUCACGCUGAAUACGAGUGUGAGCACCGGUCAUCAUGCCAACAUCUUUUCGGUCAAAUUCAUGCCUCACUCGAACGAUCGGACCGUGGUGACUUGCGCCGGGGACUCGGAGGUGCGUGUUUUUGAUCUCGAAUAUGGAGGUGCGGCCAACAGCACGUCGGCCGAUUCGACCUUUUCCACGAGCACAAGAAGUCGGAGGUUCAAUAACUUUUUCCGUCACGCCAGAUGGCUGAACGAAGGCAACACAAAUGCUCGGGUAUACCGGAGCCAUGCCGACCGGGUCAAGCGCAUUGUGACAGAGUCAAGCCCUUACCUCUUCUUGACUUGUUCGGAGGACGGAGAGGUCCGCCAGUGGGAUCUCCGGCAGCCUUCAUCUGUAUAUCCGCCUCCUCGUGGAGGGCGAGGCUAUGCCAGAUUCCAUGCCAGUGCAGGAACCGAAACCGGGGACCCGCCUCCACCGCUCAUUUCCUACCGGAGAUAUGGUCUCGAUUUAAACACCAUCUCCUGUGCACCCAGUCAGCCACAAUACAUUGCACUGGGUGGAGCACAUCUUCAUUGCUUCUUGCAUGACAGACGCAUGCUCGGUCGGGAUCUGGAUGCGGAGAAAGGUCGCCCUGCAGGGCGGAACCCAGUCGUUGGAACAUAUGAAGACGAGGCCAUGGCCGGGGCUACACGAUGCGUGCGACGCUUUGCACCCAACAACAAGCGCAAGAUGGGUUCAAAUGACCAUGGGCAUAUUACAGCUUGCAAGAUCAGUGAUGCCAACCCCAACGAGAUGAUCGCUUCCUGGUCGGGAGAUCAUAUCUACAGCUUCGACAUUGUCAAGUCUCCCGAUGCGAGAGACGCCGAUGCCAGAGCGGACGAGGUCUUCCGCGCCAAUCGCCAGAGGAACCGAUCCGACCGCAAGAGGAAACGGGACAAGGCGAAUGCAUCCUCGAGUAGUCUGACGGAAACGGCCAAUCAUCCUAGUAGACGUAUGCGACGGGUGUCCGACAAUCAAGCAGAAGAAGGCCAUACCGCUCUGCUGGCGCGAUAUGAAGAUGGACAGUCUGAACUGAUCCCCAUUCCUACCGAUUCUCAUGAUCCUGUUACGGGGCACCGCUCGUCACAAGAGGUGUUGCUUUCGGAGGCGCAGAGAUCAAGUGAGCGAGUGGCAAGAUCACUGGUUCGGCUACGAAAGACUCUGUUCGACUUUUCUUCCUCCUUGGAUGCAGACACGGCGUUGUCGAUGGAGCAGUCGUCCGAACUCACACCUCACACGGCAGUGUUCACGUCGGCACUCGGCCAAUGUGCUUCUCUCCUACCUCAGAUGGAAGACAUCAUGCGUAGCUGGUCCUAUCCGGUGAACCCGACCGAGGAAGACGUCAGACUGCAAAAUACUUUGAGAAGGAACCGGCAGUCCAGCUGGCGUUUUGUACAAGCAGCAGGCUGCCUAGCCAGGUGUCUGGGUGGCCGUCUGCAGAGUCUGAGCUCCGCUGCAGAUGUUCGACUCGCUUAUUUUGACCGAAUCAAGCCCGCGGCUCACGAAGGCAGAAACAUCUCCCCGGAAUCGAGGUUCUGUUAUGAUUUCCUGAAAGUCAUUCUGCUCUGGCUCGAUGGAGGUCAGGAAGCUGUCUUGCAAGGCUUCAAACGGCCGGCCAAUGUGAGUGGCGAAAGCCCACGAUUCCCGCUCGAUCCUGACGACACCGUGCACACCUUCAUUGCAAAAUUGCAGUCAUAUUUCUUGGACCUCGCCGACGACAGCGUCCCGAUCGUCAAUCUGGAAGCGAACCGCUUCGAGCGCGAUGAGACACGGCAAAUCUUUGAAAGUCAAACGUCGGCCGUGCAGGCAUUCAUGAGAGCCCUUGCAGGUAUCAAACUGGAGAUGGGGCAAGGCAUUUCAGAAGCCCGGAAUGAGCCUUCAAGUCACAGCACUCCUAUCCGAGUGAUGGACAAGGGGGCUGCAGCCCGGUUCUGGGGUGUCCAGGUUGGCCGCUCGCUUCUCAUGCGUGCUGCCGAGGGUGUCACGUAUGAUUAUGUCAAUCGUGCCUUUGGAGGCUGGAGGGUGCACGUUUUGCCCGAAUGCGAGGGUAUAGAACGAUCACAGGAGUACGUUGAUCCUGAUGAGGAGGAACGCAUCGUGGAAGCGAUUGACAUUGUACGAACCGGCGACGUGUCCAGGAGUUCCGUUCACGACGACGCUGAUCCUUCCGCUUCUACGUCGGGGACGGCACAAAUAUUUGGCAGCACCAUUCAAAGUUCGACUCGGUCUGACGUCGAGAUGAGCACGCCUCCUGCGGUGCACAUUGAAGAUGCUGAUGAAGACGGGGGAAAUCAUGUCCACGACCAAGACGAGGACGACGAGGACAACAACGAAGAAGAUUCGGACUCGGAACGCAUCGACUCGGACGAUGACGAUGAUGAGGAGGAGGACGAUGAUGAUGACCAGGCCGCGGAACGAAUACUAUUCCGUCGCCGAGCGGGAUUCAUGCGGUCCCGUGAACGGGCUUUAGUGAACCUGGACGUGCCAUACUCUUCUCACACCAAAGUCUACAAAGGCCAUUGCAACGCUCGGACGGUCAAGGACGUGAACUACUACGGUCUGAACGACGAGUAUGUGGUUAGUGGGUCGGACGACGGACAUUUCUUCAUUUGGGAUCGGAAGACGACCCGCAUUCUCAACAUCUUGGAGGGAGACGGAGAGGUGGUCAAUGUGGUCCAGGGCCAUCCGUACGAGCCCAUGAUUGCUUGCAGCGGCAUCGAUAGCACCAUCAAGAUCUUUGGCCCGGGCGGAGACAGCCGGGAACGCGCAAACGCCGAACGUGGAAUUGACGUUGCCAACCCGGGCGUCGGAAUGCAUAGUUCUCUGCGUUUCGGUGCGAGAAGACGCGUCGGGUGGAUGCGCAGCGAGGAAGAUGUCAGUGACGACGAUGACGGCGAGGCCGGUGAGGCAGCUCAGGAUGAAGAAUUGUCCAGACGCCUCCGCAGUCGACGGGCCAUGCACCGCAGCUAUGAAAUCAUCAGUCAGAACGAUGUGGAGCGGCGACGCGGUGCGGAAGACACUUAUGUCACGGUGAGUGCCAUGGAAGAGCUGCUGAUUCGGGCAUGGAUCAUGUCAUACUCGCGAGUCAUUUGA